AUGGAGUUCUCCAAAGUGUAUCCGCUGCAGUCGCGCGCCCAGGACGCGUCGGUCAAGCAGCCCAAGGAGCUGGUCAGCUAUUCGCGUGACAUAGACGGCCAGUACCACGUCGACGACUCGCAGCUGAGCUACUUCUAUCUGCCAGAUAGCCAGCUGAACGUGCCAGGAGGAAUUGAUCUGCAGGCAGGUUUCAAGGACUUCCGUGCCAACGGCGAGGACUUUGGCGAGUUCACGGGUUUGCUGGCCGCACUGGAGGCCCAUGAGCGCAAAACGGGUGCCAAAACUCCCGCAAACAUCAUCACCUGGAGAGGUCUCAUGAGGAGCCUGAUGCUGCUGCCCUUUGUCAACAGAGACAAGAUUGUGCUUAACAUUGUAGUCUUUGAUGGCCAGCUUUUUAUCCAGCAGGAUUUCCAGAAUGCCAGAGAGGCCGCCGAGCUCGAGAAACUGACGCAAUCGGACCUCAACAAACGACAAAUAUAUUCCGGAUACAAGUUCGAGAAGAUCGCGACACUGUCCAAGCCGUGGGCCCAGUGCUCGCGCAAAGAGAUCGAGCAGCGCAACAAGUUACCGGUGAACAAUAUCGAGCAGUACGCAACGGUGGUAAAGACCUCUUUCGGUAAGACAGGACUGGUCAUGGGAGCAGAGGUGGACUGUGUUUUCGAUUACAAACCAGAGGACGCGGAUCCUCUUUCGCACUAUGUUGAGCUCAAGACGACGCGUGUGCUGGAUUCUCCGCAGGCGGUGUUUUCGUUUGAGAACAAGCUGCUCAAGUUUUGGGCCCAAUGUUUCCUCGUUGGCAUCCCGAGAAUCAUAUGUGGAUUCAGAGACGACAAUUUAGUCUUGCGCACUGUCGAAGAGUACAAAACCGAGCAGAUCCCGGUGAUGAUCAAGAACAACCCUUUGCCCAACAGACAUCCGUCGAAAAACAAGUUCAUGCAGUCUCUGAAGUUCUUUAACGGCCUGAUCAACUGGAUCAACCAGACGAUUCCUCGCGAUGAGACAAAAACAUACCGUCUGGUUUUUGACCCGGCCGUGAACCCCAACUAUUUGAACUUGAGCGAAAACAACGCCACAGUGACGAGCCAGUUGCUGGACCCAGAGACCGGCAUGAUCUCCAAGGCGUUCAGAGAAUGGAGAACCGAGCUUAGGUCAAAAUAG